AUGAAUAUCACUAUUUGUCCACAAUUUUUAAAUUCUUGUGGAAAAGAAUUUAAAAUAAAUGACUCUAAGAUUAAUCUUCGAGCUUUUGAGUUAUCCCUUCAUUUCCCAGAAAUUGUUCAACGAUAUCGUGAUAUGAUGACUAAUAAUAAAUCACAAGAAUGGGAAAUAGUCCAAAAGAAUGUUUUAGAGUUCAAAGAAUUCAUUAAUACGAUUAUCAAUGAAGCAAUUCAACCAGAAAUGAUAUAUCUUCGAAAUAUUGAAGAAAAAGAAAUGAAAAAUAAAGAAAUAAAAAAUAUCAUUAAUGAAGUAAUUACAACAGAAGAAGAAUAUUCUAAAGAUAUUACACUUUAUCUAAAAACAUAUGCUAAAAUCCUCAUCAAAUCAAAAUUUGUUGGAGAAUUAGUUCGUGAUAGUGAAGUAGUAUUAUUAAAUAUUAUUGAAUUAUCCAAUAAAAUAAGUAAAGUUUUAAAAUCAAAAAAUUAUUCUAACUUAAUACUUUGUCUAGACUCCCUAUGUGUGUAUGAUAGUUAUUUCAUAUUUUAUGAAAGGAUUGUUUCCUUAAUGCCAAAAAUCUUAAAAGAAUUACCACAAUUACAAGAAAUUAAAGGAAAACCAGAAAUGAAAAAUCUAGGUGUUUUAGACUUUUUAAUUAAACCAAUACAAAGAAUUACAAAAUACCCAUUGUUUGUAAAAAAUUUAAAGGAUAAUGUUGAAGAUCCAAAAGAUAAAAACUUAUUAGAAUUUCUUGAUAAUUAUUUAAAUGAACAAUUGAGUAAGAGUAAUAGUUCCCAAAAAUGUUUUAGUUCAGAAAAAGAAAAAGAAAUGAUAUUGCCAUUAUUAAAAUGGAAAGGAAAAGAUAUUGAUUUAAGUACAUCAAUGUUUAUAAUAAAAUCAAAUAUUAUUUCAGUAACACAAAUUGAGAAAAAUGCUAUGCCUCUGUUAAAAGAAGUUAAUUAUUGUAUUCUCUUUGAUAGUCAUCUUUUAUUAUCAAGGAUGAAAGGAUCUAAAAUUUACGUUGAAAAAGUUAUAACUUCUAUAUCACUUAUUGAAGAAUUUAAUGAUCAUAUUACUCUUCAUUCAAGAAAAAAUGUAUUGUCUAUUUGUUUUGUAUCAAAAACUGAUCAAAAACUUUGGAUGACUAAACUAAAAGAAUUUAAAGAAAAGCAAGACAAGUUAAUAAAUUCUUUUCAUUCAUUAAGUAGUACAUCAUCUCUUGGAAAUAAGAAUUUAUCUCACCCAAGAAGACCAACAGCUGGGUCAUUUGAUUCUAUGAAAAUAGAAAAUGCUAUCACACAACAAAACUUACAUCGUACAAAAAGUUCCGCAUCUAACCCAUCUAUUUUAUUGCUUUGA